AUGAUAUUCCUUUUUUCCUCAAUUCGUAUAGCAGCUAUCUUCUCAGGGAGAGAUGAUCUUCCUGUCUCCUCAAUUCGUAUAGCAGCUCUCUUCUCAGGGAGUGAUGAUAUUUCUGUUUCCUCAAUUCGUAUAGCAGCUAUCUUCUCCGGGAGAGAUGAUAUUCCUGUUUUCUCAAUUCAUAUAGCAGCUAUCUUCUCAGGGAGAGUUGAUCUUCCUGUUUCCUCAAUUUCGUGUAGCAGCUCAGCUAUCUUCUCAGGGAGAGAUGAUCUUCCUGUUUCCUCAAUUUGUAUAGCAGCUAUCUUCUCAGGGAGAGAUGAUAGUCCUGUUACCUCAAUUUGUAUAGCAGCUAUCUUCUCAGGGAGAGAGGAUAUUCCUGUUUUCUCAAUUCGUAUAGCAGCUAUCUUCUCCGGGAGAGAUGAUAUUCCUGUUUUCUCAAUUCCAGUUAUCUUCUCAAGGAGAGAUGAUAUUCCUCUUUCCACAAUUCGUAUAGCAGCUAUCUUCUCCGGGGGUGAUGAUAUUCCUGUUUUCUCAAUUCGUGUAGCAGCUAUCUUCUCAGGGAGAGAUGAUAUUCCUUUUUUCCUCAAUUCGUUUAGCAGCUAUCUUCUCAGGAAUGAUAUUCUUAUUUCCUCAAUUUGUAUGGCAGCUAUCUUCUUAGGGAGUGAUGAUAUUGCUGUUUCCUCAAUUUGUAUAGCAGCUAUCUUGUCAGGGAGAGAUGAUAUUCCUUUUUUCCACAAUUCGUAUAGCAGCUAUCUUCUCAGGGAGUGA